AUGGCGACAAUACCUAAGUUUGAUAGCACGCCUUUUCUAUCUGGUAGUAGCAUAGAAGGUGCUGCUUAUACACGUCAUCUGGCCCAACAAACUAUGCAAGACCUUGAUGUCAUGUUAGUUGAAGGAACAAUAAAGUCACCUGAUUGUAUUCUCAAACUAGAGAAUGUAGCGGGAUUUGUUCAAGUCAAAUAUGAUGAAAGAUUCAUUGAACAAUAUUCAACAACACCGUUCUCUACCAAAUUAAAUCAGCAUGGAGUAUUAUGUAUCAAUGGUUUCAAAAUGAAAGAGAAGUACUGUGGUAUCGAUGUAAGUUCAUCGUUUCCAAGAUCAAUAGUCCAAUCGGUCGGUGAAACGAAAACAACAUCCGCAAGUGCAGAAAUCAAAUACAAGAGUAUUUUCGGAACGACAUCACUUAGUGAACAAUUCGAAGCAGUACUAAAUUUCAUUCGACGAAUGCAAGUACAAGAAGAUGUCGAACAAUUUCAGUCGAAAUAUAUCUCGAUUUGUGAAAUGUUACGAAAAUCAACAUCACAAAAUGUACUACCUAUGAUCAGACCAAUUGCCGAUGCCGAACGUCUGAAUGAAAAAAUGUUUCAAGAUGUAAUUAGUUUAACAUUUCCUAUGUAUCAUAUACGAAUACCAGCAGUCAAUCAUGUGCGAUCGAAUGUUCUACUUGAAUUCUAUGAAAAAUAUAAAUAUCUUGGAGAUGCGUCCAUGUUGGAAGAUUAUAUCGAAUAUGGAUUAUUGUCGAUGAAUUUCGAUGCCGAUUUGGUACCGGCUUUGAAACUAGACUUUUGGCCAGAUGAUAUGAAAGACUUUCUCAAUAGAAUUCAAAAUUCUCGGCCGAAACUAUACGAAAUCAUUUAUGAGCAAGCAUCUAUGCAUCUCAUACCGAAAUGGUCCAGUAAAACACCAGAUGCAGAUCAAGAACUUGAAUUUCGGUAUUCUUUUUCAGCAAUCGAACGUCUAAUAGCUAAACAUCGUACACGAGUAGAACUAAUUCUAAAUGGUGUUGCACGAAGUAUUUAUCAUCGGUAUCUGAAGAAAGAACCAUGCCUCGAAGAUCACACAAAAACCAUCGUACCAUCUUAUUUUGUCAAAACAACAGUAUUAUGGAUGUGUGAAUUGUAUAAUUUGAAUGAUCUUUGUUCUGAGGCGAGCAAUGAUGAAGCCAUCGCCUAUAUUAUGGCAAGAGAAUGGUUGGACUAUGCUAGAUCAAUAUUAUGUUCUGGUCGUUGUCCACACUAUUUUAUUAAUUCUUUCAAUCUAUUAGAAACGUGUUCGUCGGCAUCGUUAACACGAGCAGCAUCUAUUCUAGAACAUGAGGUUCGUUUGAAUGAGGACAUUAAAAUUGAUGUGUUAAUUAAACAGGACGAAUUGGCGAGUAAACGACAACAAACAACGGAAAAUUGGUUACGAAACAUGAAAGUAAGAGAUAUUUUAGCUGCAGUGAAUGAUUAUCGAUUGUUGAGAGAAAAGUGGCUUUGUCAGCCAGAAGAAAGUCAAGAUGAAGGUGAUGUACCCGGUUGUCUCUACACCUUGAGUCAACUACGAGCACUAGACGGUGAUAAACAACAGAACUGGAGCACCUUUCAGCGUUUGUUCUUGACGGCUGAUCAAACAACAUGGCUACCACCCAUUUGGGACGAACAAGUAGCCGAAUGUUCUGUAUGUGAUUUCGUCGAUGAUCUUAUCGGAUUAGGUUCAUGCAUGAAAAACAUCCUAGAGGCCAUGGAAAAAUCAGACAUUGAACAAACAUUAAUUAGAAAUACUCGUGAAGGAGAAUUCUUUUCCGCAGAGAAUCUUAUCAACGAUCUCAUUCAACCAGCUAAUCUAAUUCAAAAUGGUUUAAUGACAUCUUGGUUACCUAUGUUCACGUGCUCCUAUUUCAAUGAAUCAUCAGCAAGUGUACCAUCGAUUCGACAUCGUUCAGUCGUUGCUAACCAUCCCACUGGACCGUUUCAAGACAUUCUGCAAGGUCGUACAUGCCCAACACCCUUAGACCCUCAAUCACGACAAACAUAUCAACAAGCUUGUCAAAGUGUCUCAUAUCGAUUUCUGGAUCUUUUGAGUGAUGCCCCUAAUGCCGAUAUGACAUUGGAAGAUUUAGUGAAAUAUUAUGAACCACCAUCGAGAACAACUCAGCCUGCGAUGACAUCAUCCGUUGAAGAACAAAUUCUGUCACAUGCAACAAAUUCUUCCUCGACGAAUAAAGAAAGUAUAACACUAAUUGUUUUCGAUCCUAAUCGUAUUAUGACUAAUAUAACAGAUGAAGAGUAUCGUACUAUCAAUGAUUAUGUGUUAGUCUAUGGAGUGAAGUCUCAAUUACUUACUUAUGUACAAUCGAUCAGUGAAGAAUUUAUUUUCAUAAUUCUUUGUCAAUACUCAUCAGAUGAAGAGUUUCUAUCUCAAUUACACCACUUGAAUCAGAUUCAUUCCAUUUUCAUCUAUUCUACACAGCAACAGGUUGAUGAUCAGCUCAUGAACAAAUAUUCAAAACUAAUUGGUACCUUUACAGAACAAAAAGUAUUAUUCGAACAAGUACGGACAAGCAUUGAACAACCAUUUACAUUGGGAUUUGGAUUUUAUGAUCCACAGCAGCAAUUGACAACACACACACAUCUAUCAAAAGAGAACGUCAUAUUUUUCUGGAAUUUGUUAUUGAAAGAUCUAUUAAUAACAGAACAACCAACAGACAGAAUUUCCAUUAUUCAAGACUGUCGAAAAUAUUAUUGUCAAAAUACUGUAGAAAUGGAAAAUAUCGAACGAUUUGAAAAUACAUACAGUUCUCAUAAUGCCCAUGAAUGGUAUUCGAAACCUUGUUUUAUGUCCAAACUUCUCACCAAAGCAUUUCAUACAGCCAACACAGAACGAUUGAAAUCAUUCGACUUUUUUAUCCAUGAUCUAAGUUCGACUAUGGAUAAAUCGUCUAACAUUGAACAACUCUAUUGUACAAGACUGAUAGAAAAAACUCAAUUCGAAAAAUUAUUGGAAAACAUCGGUCAAUUAAUGACAUUCAGUGGAUUUUUACUUGUUUAUCGUUUAUUCGAUGAGACGGUAUCAUAUCGAAACGAGUCACAAGUAAUGGUCGGUUUCGAAAUACACAACGUGCCAACAUCUAUUGUUCAUUUGAUCGACUCGACUAGAGUAAUAAUCAAUUUAGGUGCUACAUUUAAACUGAACUCACUUGAUUUCGAAGAUAAGUUGGGAGUUUGGAUUGCUCGCUUGAGUUUCAGUCCUGAAGGGGUACACAUUGCACAAAAUUAUAUUACUGUACAACAAGAGACAAUGGAACGAAUGACAUUACCAGUCAUAAUGGCUAAUUUAUUAUUCAAAAUGAAUGGUUUCUCGACGGCGAAAAAUUAUUUAGAUAGUUUGAAAAAUGAAGAUGAAGCUGUUAUCUAUCACAAUUAUGGAAUUCUACACUAUGAAAAAGGUGAAUAUUCAUUAGCACUCGAUAAUUUUCAAAUAGCUUAUGAAUUAAUGAUUAGUGAUGGACGGAUUCAAGAUAGCGCCUUAGUCUUACAUGAUAUUGGCUAUGUUUAUAACAUGAAAAAGGAGUUCAAUGAUGCCUUAGAUAGUCAUCGGAAAGCCUUGGAAAUCAUGCAAACUCAUUAUCCAGCGAAUGAUGUACUUAUUGGUAUCAGCCUUUAUAAUAUUGGCCGUACGUUAGUGAACAUGGAUGAUCAUAGUCAAGCAUUAAGUUAUCAUCAAAAUGCCUUAGCAAUCUUUGAACAUACACUGACUUACAAUCAUAUAUUCAUGGCACAAAGCUUACACAGUCAUGGGGUUGUGUAUUUCAAUAUCGGAGACUAUCAUCAAGCACUUUAUUAUUAUACGAGAGCAUUGGAACUGUACGAAACGAUUGUACCUCGAAAUGAACAUUGCAUUCUGAUGGUGAAAAAUGCAUUAGAAACAAUUCAGAAACUUCUUACCUGA